AUGGUGAAGAGACACUUCUGCUUGUUAUAUUAUUCAAAGCCAUGUGAACAGAGUACGGACGAAUUCAAAAUGCGUGAAAGAAAUGCGAAAAGCACCCAUUACCGAGCAAACAACACGAAAUGCAUGUGGGAGAAAAAUCACCGGAUGGAAAGCGCCCGCUUAAGAAGGAUUGCGGAGAAGAAGAGUAACGAGGUGAGGUGUAUUCGUGGCGUGUGGGAGGAACAGACCAGAAAAAGUCACAUUGAGGCAGAAACACUUCGACGUUUUAACCAAAUUAAAGACCAACAAGCUGCAGCAAUAGCACUCAAAAAGGAACAGCUGCGAGAAAAAUUGUUGGAGGAGGAUACGUUUGUUACAGCGCAACAAAAGUCUCCAGAGCAGGAGAGAGAGGAAAGAUGUGAAGAAAUGAAAGCAAAGGCUCGACACUUGGAACUAGAGCAAAAACUGUCCGAAAUGAAGCUCGCGCAGGAGAAAUAUGAACAGCGUUUUAGGAACCAAUGUGACUUGUUACGAGCUGAGUUGUCUAAACAAAGGGCAGCCGAAAAUGGUCGGGACCUACAGAUGCUAAUCAUUAUGAAGGAGAAACAGAAGAUGAUUGAGAAACAGAUAGACGAAUAUUAUGACAAAAUGUUGGCGGAGCAACAGCAAAGUCAACAGUCAGGCCAUGUGGCUGAUGACAUUCGCAAAGCAGAGUUGGCAAGACAUACAGCUGAAGCAUUGAAGCAGCAAAUAGCUGAAAACGCCGAAGCUAAACAGAAGGCAACGCUGGAGAAACUUGAGGAACGUGAACAAAUGAUACGGUUGAAUCAAACACUAGUACGAGAGGAAGAAGAAGCACGGCAGAAAAGGAUUCGGAAGUCGGAAGAAAUCAGAAGCGAUUUGGACACGUGUUUGCAAGAGAAGCGUGACAGAGAGGCUCUGCUUAAGGCCGGGUUGCAAAGAUUGGAUCUACAGCUGGCCGAACAGACACUUGUGCUCGAACGAGUGCAAAAAGCGAGUGAACGUGAGGAACAACGACGUGUCAGUAAAGAAACCAAGCAGUACCAAAACUUCGUCCGACAGUUUAAAACUGCGGAAAAUAUGUACCAGCGUGACUUGGAGAAGGCCACCGACGAAAUUAUCAAAAAAGAAUAUCAUCGUGAGACGGAGCGCAUGCGUCGGGAGCAGGCGGCACGAAAAGCGCUUGCCAUGGAAACGAAAAAGGUGCUAAAUGAGCAAAUGGAAUUGAAAGAUAGACGAAGACAGCUUGCUCGAGAAGAAAAUGUGAAGGAGGCCGCCGAAAUGCAGGAGGUGGUAGCAACAGUAAAAGAGGACACGCGAAAACAGCUAGAAGAGCAGCGAACGCGCCGCGCGGAGUACCGGAGACAACUGGAAGCGCAGAUAAUGCACAUACAGAAUCGCCGUGUGCAAGAAAUCGAGGAGAAGAGACGCGAGCAGGAAGCUGGGGUUAAAACAGAAGCCGCCAUACGGGCGCAAAUGGACGCAGUGAUCGCUGCUGAAACGCAAGCUGUUCGAAGACUUCCGUGGCAGGGGUUGGUGGUCGUUGCCCAAUCGUGAAUUGAAUCAUGCAUUGACACAAACAAUAGUUCCAUGCUGCAAUGUGUAUGAAUAGAAGAACCGUACCUCAAUGAAACCAGCGUGUUAACGGGAAUUUUUAUGUCCACAUUACUAUGCGUACAUUUUGAUAUCCUACCUGUGAAAUGCUUUGAGGAGAAAUGCCGAAUAUGGCUAAUCAUGAAACACAUUCGUGUUCCCAUCAAACGUCCAAGCUUUUAUAAUAAUAAUAAUAACAAUAA